GCCGCCAUGCUGACCGCGCGGACGUUCCUGAAGCGCACGCGGGCGGGCGCCGUGGUGAAGGUGGUGCGCGAGCACUACCUGCGCGAGGACAUCCCCUGCGGCGCCGCCGCCUGCGCCCUCUGCGCCGCCCGCCCGGACGGCGGCGGCGGCCUCGAGGCGCGGCCCGGCGGCGCCGCCAGCCGCCUCUGCCCCGGCCCGCACUACCUCCUGCCGGACACCAACCUCCUCCUGCACCAGAUUGAUAUACUUGAAGAUCCCGUUAUUAAAAAUGUCAUUGUGCUACAGACAGUUUUACAAGAAGUCAGGAAUCGGAGUGCGCCAGUAUACAAGCGAGUUAGAGACAUGAUUGCAAACCCUGAAAAACAUUUCUAUUCCUUCACCAAUGAACAUCAUCGAGAAACAUACAUAGAGCAAGAGCAAGGAGAAACGUCUAAUGACCGCAAUGACAGAGCCAUUCGGGUAGCAGUAAAAUGGUACAGUGAACACUUGAACAAAAUGAAAAAUGAGGAGAAGAUCCAAGUUAUUUUCCUAACAAAUGACAGGAAUAAUAAAGAGAAAGCUCUAGAGGAAGGGAUAACUGCUUAUACAUGUGAGGAGUAUAUAAAAAGCUUGAUAGCUAAUCCUGAUCUUGUAGACCGUCUUGCUUGUGUAUCUGAUGAAGGGAAAGAAAUAGAGAGCGGAAAAAUAUUUUUUCCAGAACAUCUUCCUCUUAGCAAAUUACAGCAAGGAAUAAAAUCUGGUAUUUACCUCCAAGGAACCUAUAGAGCAAGCAGAGAUAAUUAUCUUGAAGCUACUGUUUGGGUUCAUGGAGAUGCUGAAGAAAACAAAGAGAUAAUUAUACAAGGACUUAAACAUUUAAAUCGAGCAGUUCAUGAAGACAUUGUAGCUGUGGAGUUGUUGGCAAAAGAUGAAUGGGUAGCACCAUCUUCAGUUGUCUUACAAGAUGACAGCCAGAAUGAAGAUGACAUUGAAAAUGAAGAGGAGAAAGAAAACAUUUUGAAGGCUUCUGUUAACAAGAACAUGCUGAGACCUACAGGAAAAGUAGUGGGCAUUAUAAAGCGAAACUGGAGACCAUUUUGUGGCAUGCUUUCCAAAUCACAGAUCAAAGAGGCAAGGCGUCAUUUGUUUACACCAGCUGAUCGCAGAAUUCCCCGCAUUCGAAUAGAAACCAGACAAGCAGAUACAUUAGAAGGACAAAGAAUAAUUGUUGCUAUUGAUGGUUGGCCCAGGAAUUCCAGGUAUCCUAAUGGUCAUUUUGUAAAGAGCUUAGGAAAUGCUGGAGAUAAAGAGACUGAGACAGAAGUUCUUCUGCUUGAACAUGAUGUUCCCCAUCAACCUUUCUCCCAGGCUGUCCUUAGUUUCCUACCAAAGAUGCCAUGGAGCAUCACAGAAGAGGAUAUGAAAUACAGGGAGGACUUAAGGCAGCUGUGUGUCUGUAGUGUAGAUCCUCCUGGCUGUACAGAUAUUGAUGAUGCAUUACACUGUAGAGAAUUAGAAAAUGGAAAUCUGGAGGUUGGUGUACAUAUUGCAGAUGUCAGUCAUUUUAUUCGACCAGGAAAUGCUUUGGAUGAGGAAUCAGCAAAAAGAGGAACAACAGUGUACCUGUGUGAAAAAAGAAUUGAUAUGGUUCCAGAGUUACUUAGCUCCAACUUGUGUUCCUUGAGAUCUAAUGUGGACAGGCUUGCAUUUUCAUGUAUAUGGGAGAUGAACCAUAAGGCUGAAAUUCUAAAGACCAGAUUUACAAAGAGUGUUAUUAAUUCCAAGGCAUCUCUCACGUAUGCUGAAGCACAGAUGAGAAUUGAUUCAGCAGGCAUGAAUGAUGAUGUUACUACCAGCUUACGUGCACUAAACAAAUUAGCAAAAAUUUUGAAGAAGAAAAGAAUUGAUAAUGGAGCUUUAACACUUUCUUCACCAGAAGUUCGUUUCCACAUGGACAGUGAAACUCAUGAUCCCAUCGAUCUACAAACUAAGGAGCUUAAAGAAACAAAUUCCAUGGUUGAAGAGUUCAUGUUGCUUGCCAAUAUCUCUGUAGCACAAAAAAUAUAUGAUGAGUUCUCAGAGUUUGCCUUGCUCCGAAAACAUCCUGCUCCUCCCCCAUCAAAUUAUGACAUACUUGUGAAAGCAGCAAAGUCUAAGAAUUUGGAAAUUAAGACAGAUUCAGCAAAGGCAUUAGCUGAGUCUUUAGACAAAGCUGAGUCUCCUGCUUUCCCAUACCUAAAUACACUGUUGCGAAUUUUGACCACUCGAUGCAUGAUGCAAGCUGUCUAUUUCUGUUCUGGAAUGGAUAAUGAUUUUCAUCACUACGGUUUAGCAUCACCUAUUUAUACACACUUUACCUCACCCAUCAGAAGGUAUGCUGACAUUAUAGUACAUCGACUUUUGGCAGUGGCUAUAGGAGCAGACAGUACAUACCCAGAACUUACAGAUAAACACAAACUAGCAGAUCUCUGUAAAAAUCUCAAUUACCGACAUAAAAUGGCUCAAUAUGCACAAAGAGCAUCUGUUGCAUUUCAUACACAGCUGUUCUUUAAAACCAAAGGAGUGGUGAAUGAAGAUGCAUAUAUAUUAUUUGUAAGAAAGAAUGCAAUUGUGGUCCUGAUUCCCAAAUAUGGAUUAGAAGGAACAGUCUUUUUUGAAGAAAAAGAUAAGCCAAAAACAAGGCUCGAGUUCAACAGUGAGGUACCAUCACUUACUGUGGAAGACACAACAUUCCAUGUAUUUGACAAAGUUAAAGUGAACAUUAUGUUAGAUGCUUCUAACAUUCAACAUCAGAAAAUUCGCAUGGUAUUGGUAGAACCAAAGAUACUAGGAAGAGAUGUGCCUGCAAAUCCAACUACAGAGACAAGUGUCAGCAAUGAACCAGAGAAAAAGAAAAAGAAAUUACAACAAUAGUUGGAUAUAUAAUAGCUAAUAAAAAGUCAUACAUGAA